AUGAGCGGCGGGCGUAGCGGGCGAUCCGCCGUGAAGAUGGAGGCGCCGUUUUACCCCGAGGAAGGACUGGAGCUGCUGCCCGACUUCGUGCCGCUGCCGGGUUUCGGUACCGCCGGCGGACCUGGAGCCGAUGCGGCGGCGGCGGGGCAGAAGCUGCUGCUGGGCGCCGGGAAGAAGCGAGACCUGUCGGCCGCCGCCCCCGCGCCGCUCCCGGGGCCCUUCACCCUUCGCCCGCCCGCCGGCGCCCGCGGCAGCGCGGCCGCUCUUCGCCUGCUGCCGCCGCCGCCCGCCGCCGCCGCCGCCCCGCCGCCCACCGCGGGCUCCGCGGAGCCGGGGAGCGGCGGCGGGGCGGCGGCGGCCCGCGGCGGCCCGGAGGCCGCGCUGGGGUCGGCUGCGGAGCUGCCGCUGCUGAAGCUGCCGCCGGCCGCCGACCUGGAGCAGCUGCUGAUCCAGGGGGGCGCGGGCCUGGGCGCGGGCAGCCCGGGGCCAGCGGCGCCCGGGGCGGGGAGCGGCGGGGCGGCGGCGGCGGGGCCGUUCCUCUACCGGCAGCCGGUGACGCAGGAGCAGGAGGGUUUCGCCGACGGCUUCGUCAAGGCCCUGGCCGACCUGCACAAGCAGAACCAGCUCCUGGCGCCGCCGCCACCGCUGUCCGCGCCGGGACCCUGCUGCACCGCCCGCCCGGGGCCGCCGGGAGCCCCCGCCGCUGCCGCCGCCGACCCUCCGGCCGUCUACACCAACUUGAGCGGCUUCAACCCCGCGGGGCCGCUGAGCCCCUCGGGCAGCGCCUACCCCGCCGCCUCCGCCCCGCCGCCGCCGCCGCCGGGCCUGGCCUUCGGCGCGGCGGGUCUGGGGAGCGGGCGGCUGCCGCCGGCGCGGUCCCUGGAGGAGCCGCAGACGGUGCCCGAGGUGCCGCCGUCGGCGGGCGGGGAGGGCGGUAGCAGCGCGCCGACGCCGCCGUCGCUGUCGCCGCUGGACGCGGAGAGCCAGGAGCGGCUGAAAGCAGAGCGCAAGCGGCUGCGGAACCGCAUCGCCGCCUCCAAGUGCCGCCGGCGGAAGCUGGAGCGCAUCGCCCGGCUGGAGGAGAAGGUGAAGGCUCUCAAGGGGCAGAACGCCGAGCUGGCCGCCACCGCCAACCUCCUCCGCGCCCAGGUCACCCAGCUGCAGGGCCGCGUCCGCAGCCACCUCUCCUCGGGCUGCCACAUCAACGCCGCCGGGCAUCCUCCUCCCCAUGCCGCCGCCCAGCCCAGGGAGGCUCCCCCCGAGGCGGCCGUCGCCGCGCCGGAGACCAGCGCCUGCUGA